CUGUCCUGGAUAAUGAGAGACUCACCGCAGAAGAGAUGGAUGAAAGGAGACGUCAGAACGUGGCUUAUGAAUACCUUUGUCAUUUGGAAGAAGCAAAGAGGUGGAUGGAAGCAUGUCUAGGGGAGGAUCUGCCACCCACCACAGAACUGGAGGAGGGACUUAGGAAUGGGGUCUACCUCGCCAAACUAGGAAACUUCUUUUCUCCCAAAGUGGUGUCCCCGAAAAAAAUCUAUGAUCGAGAGCAGACCAGAUACAAGGCGACUGGACUCCACUUUAGACACACUGAUAAUGUGAUUCAGUGGUUGAAUGCCAUGGGCGAGAUUGGAUUGCCUAAGAUUUUUUACCCAGAAACGACAGAUAUCUAUGAUCGAAAGAACAUGCCACGAUGUAUCUACUGUAUUCAUGCACUCAGUUUGUACCUGUUCAAACUCGGCCUGGCUCCUCAGAUUCAAGACCUGUAUGGAAAGGUUGACUUCACAGAAGAAGAAAUCAAUAACAUGAAGAUUGAGCUGGAGAAGUAUGGGAUCCAGAUGCCUGCCUUCAGCAAGAUCGGGGGGAUCCUGGCUAAUGAGCUGUCAGUGGACGAAGCUGCAUUGCAUGCUGCUGUUAUUGCUAUUAAUGAAGCUAUUGACCGUAGGAUUCCAGCCGAGACAUUCACAGCUCUGAAAAAUCCCAACGCCAUGCUUGUAAACCUGGAGGAGCCCUUGGCGUCUACUUACCAGGAUGUGCUUUACCAGGCCAAGCAGGACAAAAUGACCAACGCUAAAAACAGGGUAAAGACAGAAAACUCUGAGAGAGAAAGAGAUGUUUAUGAGGAGCUGCUCACUCAAGCUGAGAUCCAAGGCAAUGUCAACAAAGUCAAUACCUUUUCUGCAUUAGCAAAUGUCGACCUGGCUUUAGAGCAGGGAUCUGCACUGGCCUUGUUCAAGGUCCUGCAGUCCCCAGCUCUGGGACUUCGAGGCCUGCAGCAGCAGAAUAGUGACUGGUACCUGAAGCAGCUCCUGAGCGAUAAGCAGCAGAAAAGACAGAGUGGCCUGUCUGACCCCCUGCAGAAGGAGGAGCUGCAGGCUGGAGUGGAAGCCGCGAACAGUGCUGCCCAGCAGUAUCAGAGAAGGUUGGCAGCAGUGGCAGCAAUUAAUGCCGCCAUCCAGAAGGGUGUUGCUGAGAAGACCGUUUUGGAGCUAAUGAAUCCUGAAGCCCAGCUGCCCCAGGUGUAUCCAUUUGCUGCUGACCUUUAUCAGAAGGAGUUGGCCACCCUGCAGCAACAGAGUCCUGAACAUAGCCUCACCCACCCAGAGCUCUCUGUCGCCGUGGAGAUGUUAUCAUCGGUGGCUCUAAUCAACAGGGCCUUGGAGUCGGGAGACAUGAAUACAGUGUGGAAGCAGUUGAGCAGCUCAGUUACAGGCCUCACCAAUAUAGAGGAAGAGAACUGUCAAAGGUAUCUGGAUGAGUUGAUGAAACUGAAAACUCAGGCACAUGCAGAGAACAAUGACUUUAUUACAUGGAAUGACAUCCAAGCCUGUGUGGACCAUGUGAACCUGGUGGUGCAAGAGGAACAUGAACGAAUUUUAGCCAUUGGUUUAAUUAAUGAAGCCCUGGAUGAAGGCGAUGCUCAAAAGACUCUGCAGGCUCUGCAGAUUCCUGCAGCUAAACUUGAGGGUGUCCUUGCAGAAGUGGCCCAGCAUUACCAGGACACACUGAUUAGAGCAAAGAGAGAGAAAGCCCAGGAAACCCAGGAUGAAUCAGCUGUGUUAUGGUUGGAUGAAAUUCAAGGUGGAAUCUGGCAGUCCAACAAAGACACCCAAGAAGCACAGAAGUUUGCCUUAGGAGUCUUUGCCAUUAACGAGGCGGUGGAAAGUGGCGACGUUGGCAGAACAUUGAGUGCACUUCGCUCUCCUGAUGUCGGCUUAUAUGGAGUCAUCCCUGAGUGUGGAGAGACGUACCAGAGUGACCUUGCUGAGGCCAAGAAGAAUAAACUGGCAGCGGGAGAUAAUAAUAGCAAGUGGGUGAAGCACUGGGUCAAAGGUGGAUAUUAUUAUUACCACAAUCUGGAGACCCAGGAAGGAGGAUGGGAUGAACCCCCAGCCUUUGUGCAAAAUUCCACGCAGCUCUCUCGAGAGGAGAUCCAGAGUUCCAUCUCGGGGGUGACUGCUGCAUAUAACCGAGAACAGCUGUGGCUAGCCAACGAGGGCCUGAUCACCAGGCUGCAGGCUCGCUGCCGUGGAUACUUAGUUCGACAGGAGUUUCGCUCUAGGAUGAAUUUCCUGAAGAAACAAAUCCCCGCCAUCACCUGCAUCCAGUCGCAGUGGAGAGGGUACAAGCAGAAGAAGGCAUAUCAAGAUCGUUUGGCAUACCUGCGCUCCCAUAAAGACGAAGUCGUCAAGAUUCAGUCCCUGGCAAGGAUGCAUCAGGCCAGAAAGCGCUACAGAGACCGCCUGCAAUAUUUCCGAGACCAUAUAAAUGACAUUAUCAAAAUCCAGGCUUUCAUUCGGGCAAACAAAGCUCGUGACGACUACAAGACUCUCAUCAAUGCUGAGGACCCUCCUAUGAUUGUGGUCCGGAAAUUUGUCCACCUGCUGGAUCAAAGCGACCAGGAUUUUCAGGAGGAGCUUGAUCUUAUGAAGCUGCGGGAAGAGGUCAUCACCCUCAUUCGUUCUAACCAGCAGCUAGAGAAUGACCUCAAUCUCAUGGAUAUCAAAAUCGGACUACUGGUGAAAAAUAAAAUUACACUGCAGGAUGUGGUUUCCCACAGUAAAAAGCUUACAAAAAAGAAUAAGGAACAGUUGUCUGACAUGAUGAUGAUAAACAAGCAGAAGGGAGGUCUCAAAGCUUUGAGCAAGGAGAAGCGAGAAAAACUGGAAGCUUAUCAGCACCUGUUUUAUUUAUUGCAGACUAAUCCCACCUAUCUAGCCAAGCUGAUUUUCCAGAUGCCCCAGAAUAAGUCCACCAAGUUCAUGGACUCUGUAAUCUUCACACUCUACAACUAUGCAUCCAACCAGCGAGAGGAGUACCUGCUGCUACGGCUCUUUAAGACGGCGCUCCAGGAGGAAAUCAAGUCAAAGGUAGAUCAGAUUCAAGAGAUUGUGACAGGAAAUCCUACAGUUAUUAAGAUGGUUGUAAGUUUCAACCGGGGUGCCCGAGGCCAGAAUGCCCUGAGACAGAUCUUGGCCCCAGUUGUGAAGGAGAUCAUGGACGACAAAUCUCUCAACAUCAAAACUGACCCAGUGGAUAUAUACAAAUCUUGGGUUAAUCAGAUGGAAUCGCAGACAGGAGAAGCAAGCAAACUGCCCUAUGAUGUGACCCCUGAGCAAGCUCUGGCUCAUGAAGAAGUCAAGACACGGCUAGACAACUCCAUCAGGAACAUGCGGGCUGUGACAGACAAGUUCCUGUCGGCCAUCAUCAGCUCUGUGGACAAAAUCCCUUAUGGGAUGCGCUUCAUUGCCAAAGUGCUGAAGGACUCUUUGCAUGAGAAGUUCCCUGAUGCUGGUGAGGAUGAGCUACUGAAGAUUAUUGGCAACUUGCUUUACUACCGAUACAUGAAUCCAGCCAUUGUGGCUCCCGAUGCCUUUGACAUCAUCGACCUGUCAGCCGGAGGCCAGCUGACCACAGACCAGCGCCGAAAUCUGGGCUCCAUCGCAAAGAUGCUCCAGCAUGCCGCUUCCAAUAAGAUGUUUCUGGGAGAUAAUGCUCACUUAAGCAUCAUUAAUGAGUAUCUUUCCCAGUCCUACCAGAAAUUCAGACGAUUUUUUCAAACUGCGUGUGAUGUCCCAGAGCUUCAGGAUAAGUUUAAUGUGGAUGAGUACUCUGAUUUAGUGACCCUCACCAAACCAGUUAUCUACAUUUCCAUUGGCGAAAUCAUCAACACCCACACUCUCCUGUUAGAUCACCAGGACGCCAUUGCUCCAGAGCACAACGAUCCGAUCCAUGAGUUGCUGGAUGACCUUGGCGAGGUGCCCACCAUCGAGUCCCUGAUAGGGGAAGGUGCUGGCAAUGUAAAUGACCCGAAUAAGGAGGCGUUGGCUAAGACAGAAGUAUCUCUCACGCUGACCAACAAGUUUGAUGUGCCCGGGGAUGAGAAUGCAGAAAUGGAUGCUCGGACCAUCUUACUGAAUACAAAACGUUUAAUUGUGGAUGUCAUCCGGUUCCAGCCAGGAGAGACCUUGACUGAAAUCCUGGAAACACCAGCCACCAGUGAACAGGAAGCAGAGCAUCAGCGGGCCAUGCAGAGACGCGCUAUCCGUGAUGCCAAAACCCCUGACAAGAUGAAAAAGUCGAAAGCUGUAAAGGAGGAUAACAACCUCACUCUCCAGGAGAAGAAGGAGAAGAUCCAGACGGGCUUAAAGAAACUUACAGAGCUUGGGACUGUGGACCCCAAGAACAAAUACCAGGAACUGAUCAACGACAUUGCCAGGGAUAUCCGGAAUCAGCGGCGAUACCGACAGAGGAGAAAGGCUGAACUGGUGAAACUGCAACAAACAUACGCAGCUCUGAACUCAAAGGCCACCUUUUAUGGGGAGCAGGUGGAUUACUAUAAAAGCUAUAUCAAAACCUGCCUGGAUAACCUAGCCAGCAAGGGCAAAGUCUCCAAAAAGCCUAGGGAAAUGAAAGGCAAGAAAAGCAAAAAGAUUUCUCUGAAAUAUACGGCAGCAAGACUACAUGAAAAAGGAGUCCUUCUGGAAAUCGAGGACCUGCAAGUGAAUCAGUUUAAAAACGUUAUCUUUGAAAUCAGCCCAACAGAAGAAGUUGGAGACUUUGAAGUCAAAGCCAAAUUCAUGGGAGUUCAAAUGGAGACUUUUAUGUUACAUUAUCAGGACCUACUACAGCUGCAAUAUGAAGGAGUUGCAGUUAUGAAAUUAUUUGAUAGAGCUAAAGUAAAUGUCAACCUCCUCAUCUUCCUUCUCAACAAAAAGUUCUACGGGAAGUGAUUGAUCAUUUGCUGCCAGUCCAGAAGGACGAAGGAGAGAAGCGCCCCGCAGCAGCCUUCCCAAGGUCCUUCUUUACUCACUGGAAGCAGAGACCCAGCCCACAACGAUGCCUCAGUCAGAUACACUCCCAGUGCCGUGCGUUUAGCUCCUCUUGCUGCAAAGGGACAUUUGUUGCCCUUUUUUUUUUUUUUAAUUUCAUUGUCAGGUUGUAUUUCAGGCUUAGUCUGAUCCUUCUGGCUGCUUCAUUUUCUUCCAUUA